AGAGGGAAAGAAGUAGGUGGAGUCAGUGAGCAGCUUUGAAUGGACAAAAAAACCUAUUGGACGACCUUGAAAGCUGGGAAUCUUCAUAGUCACCGGAAAACUACCUUCUGAUGAACUGCCUCUCCCAAGUCUCUACCUAUACUCGCGUCAUUUUCAGAAGGACCAAUCUUGUUUUUGCGGCUUCAACCUCCAUUCAUGGCUGCUCUAAUCCCUACUGGAGCUCAACCUUUCACAAUGUCGCUGUAAAGGCUACUGCUUUAGACUCCUUGUGUUCCAGAUUCGGUCUACGGUGCUAUUCCACUCGAAAACCCCGAAAACCCCGAAAGCCAACUUCUCCUUCACCCAAGUUGGAUUCUGAACCUCCUAUGGAAUCAGAGAUGGGCGACUUCUUUGUCGUUCGAAAAGGGGAUGUUGUUGGAGUCUAUAAAAGUUUUAGUGAUUGUCAUGCGCAAAUUGGAUCUUCGAUAUGCGAUCUUCCUGUUAGUGUGUUUAAAGGACACUCAUUACCAAAAGACAGUGAGGAAUAUCUUGCUUCCAUUGGGCUUAAGAACGCUCUGUACACUAUUAAAGCUGCAGAUAUGAGACCUGAUCUUUUCGGUUCGCUCGUGCCUUGCACUUUUCAUGAUGGAGAUGCUUCUCUUACAGGUGAGACUUCUGGCCAAGAUGCCAUAAAGAAGAGAUCAAGAGAGGCUAUUGUAUCAGAAAAUGUUGGGUCGUCUGUUUUAACUCCUACAUCAGUAACUCCUACAUCAGAAGAUCCCACGAGGAAACAUAUCAAGUUGGAAGAUUCCAUUGUGUCCCUAUCCUCCAACCACGAAUCUUGCUUUCUAGAAUUCGAUGGUGCCUCAAAAGGAAAUCCUGGACAAGCCGGGGCAGGAGCUGUUCUGCGAGCUCAUGAUGGGAGUGUGAUAUGUCGACUGCGUGAAGGUCUAGGUAUAGCAACCAAUAAUGUUGCUGAAUAUCGAGCUAUUCUUUUAGGGUUGAAGUUUGCACUUAAGAAAGGGUUCACUAGGAUUCACGUCCAAGGUGACUCCAAACUUGUCUGUAUGCAGGUUCAAGGUUUAUGGAAGGCAAAAAAUGAAAAUAUAUCUGAGUUAUGUAAUGAAGUUGUGAAGCUGAAGAAUAAAUUUCUCUCUUUCGAGGUCAAUCAUGUACUAAGGCAUCUAAACUCAGAAGCCGAUGCUCAAGCGAACUUGGCUCUCACUUUAGCUGACGGCGAAAUCCAGGAGUCUGAAGAUUAAUGGUUAAAAUGCACCGCAGGAUAUAUCUUACAGCAUAGCAAAAUUUUCUGAGGAGAGCAUUGCCUUUGUAGGCCAAUGCUUUGCAUGCUACUAUUCUUUACCCAAAAUUGCCAAGAUCUUUGGGCGUUGUUUUGGUUUUACCUACAUUUCCGUGGCCCUAACUUAGCAAACUGGAAUUCUAGUUGAGACAAUGAAUUAGUAUUUAUUUUCUUUUUAUUAUUCAAUAGCAUGUUUGGGAAGUUUCAAGCAAGGUGAGAUUAACAAAAUUGGGGCCAUUUGGCAUUUGGUUGAAAGUUCAUUUGAGGACUAGAUUUCAGGAUUUGAUUUUUCUUUUAUAAUUUUUUUAAAAUGUUGGAGAUGACCUUCAACCUCAAGGAAGGUCGUGUAGAUGCCUUAUACCUUGAGUUUACGUAAAGGAGAAUGUAUUGCUCUUCAUCAUAUUAUUCUGUAAACUCUUUGAAAUUUAUAGAAAGGAAAAUCUAUUGCUCUUA